AAGUGCUCCCUCGGCCGCUCAAACGCCUGCCUGAGUCGAUCCAACACUCGCGCCGACCUCGUCACCUCCGACCCUCGUCCACCAUGCAGCUCGAGGCGAGCACCUCGCUCGGCGACGCACCGCCUGUCGCAGAAGAGGCCAUGACCAUCGACUACGACCUCGACCCGGCGCACUCGGCAGAAGGAGGCGACGCCGAGAUGGGCGACGACCAUCACCCUUCCUCGCCCACCAAGAACCUCACCGACCUCGCCGUCCUCGAGGCCGACAUGGUCGACGACGACGCGCUCGCGCAGCACAGCGCUGUUGGCGACACGACCGUCCUGAACGGCGACGCCGAGAUCGAGGACGCCGCCACCUUCCCUCCCUCGUCCUCCACCCUCGACGACGUCCCCUUCUCCAGCAUCGACACUGCCCCCAUCCCUGCCUUCUCGUCCGCCCCGGGCGCGUCCGCUGCCUCGCUCGCUCCCGCCGACGUCGACUUUGCCGCUGCCGCCGCCGACCCUACUCUCGCCCCCGAACCCGCAUUCUCGUCUUCCGCUCCUGCCGCCACUCCCGCUGCACCUGUUGAGCCAGCGGCGACGGUCAACGCGGCAUUCUCGCUCGGCGACGGCGGCGCAGCCGUCUCGGCGCUCGAGACGCUCGACGAGGCCGAGCCCGCCGGCGAGCUUACCCCGCCCGAGCCGUCGACCACCGCCGAGCUUGCCGAGGAGCUCGACCUCGUGCCAAACGGCGACGAGGCGACGUCGAUCGAGGACCCGGUCGAGGCGGUCAUCGUGACGGCGGCGCACGAGGGCGACGACGCCGACUCGCAGCGCGAGGACGCCGACUCGCAGCGCGAGGACGGCGACGCCACGGGCGCCAAGGCGGCUGUCGAGCAGGGCGAUGCAGCGUCAGUUCCGUCGCCUUCGCAGUCGCAGGGCGUGUCGUCGCGCCCGCUCGUCAACAAGGACCCGCUCCUCGACGUCGAGGUACCUGUGCGCUCGCCCGCCAACCCGUCGUCGUCGUCCUCGCGCGGCGUGCCCGCCGUCUUCCUGAGCAUCGGCGCGCCGCACGGCUGGACGACGUACAGCCUUUUCCACGCCGAGCGUCGCGACGCGGCCGACGACGAGCAGGACGAGCACGUCAAGGAGGACGACGUCGAGCUGUUGCUCGGCGACGCGGCGCAGCACUACCUGUACUACGAGCCGCUCGACGCGCUCUUCGGCGCUUUGCGCGCGCAUCUCGAGUACCUCGGACACGAUGGCGACGAGCUCGUCCUCGAGUUUGACGAGAUCGGCCUCAGCAUCACCGAGGACAACGUCUACGCCCACCAGGUGACCCUGUUCGACUUUGACCGCAUCCACACGGGCUGCCAGAUCCCGGGCCGCCUGCACGCCAACCUUGCGACCCAGCCCCGGUUCUCGAGCGGGUUCAACGCGCUCGCGCAGCACAUCGCGCUCGGCUCGCAGAGCGAGUCGGUCGAAGACGACGGGGGCGAGGGCGAGGAGGCCGAGGGAGGGCCCGUGCACGACGGCGAGGAGCCGGCAGAGGGUGAGCCGCUCGAGGACGAGGAGGAGGACGCGGAGCACGACGAGUCGGGCACGUUGGAGGGCGACGAUGACGAGCUCGAGGAGGCGCAGGUGGCUGAGGGAGAGCCGCUGCCGAGCGGCGCCGAGGAGGUCGGUGGGGCAGGAGGAGACGCUGAGCAGGCGGAGGAGGGGGAGGAGGACGGCGAGCUCGCCGAGGGGCCCGCAGACGACCAUGACGGGCCCGACUCGGAGCUCGUCGACUCGCGCGACGACGACGACGAGCCCGUCCAGGACGACGCGCAGCCCGCCGAGGACGAGUUCGACCUCGAGUCGGCGCUCGCCGAGCUCGACGGCGACGACGUCGUCGCCGUCAUCGAGGGCGCGCAGGAGGACCUUCUCCUCCACGGCGUCGACGGCGGCGAGCCGGACGAGGCGCUCGAGGCGCCCGCGCCCGAGACGGAGCAGGACGAGGACGGCGCCGAGUCGUCGCUCGCCGCCGCGGGCCAGUCGGCCGACGCGACCGAGGACGGUCCGUCGCAGGCGGCCGAGGUCGAGCAGAGCGUCGAGGCUGCGGGCUCGCUCGAGGAGAUGCCGGGCGCCGUCGCCGGCGAUGCCGCGGCGGGCCCGGUCAGCGUGCCCGGAGCGGACGAGCCUGCCUCGGCGCCUGGAGCGACCGACGAGGUCUCGUUCACGGCGACUGCCGUCGAGACGUCUGCGCCUGUCGAGGGGCAGGCGACGUCCACGGCCGACGGCCCCGUUGCCGAGUCGAGCGAGCUCGAGGCGGCGGCACCCGUCGCGCCGAGCGCUCCUGCCGACCUUGCUCCGGCUCCUGAGCUUUCUGCAACGGCUCCUGUCGACGACCUCGAGAAGCCGGCUGGCCCGGCCGACGUCGUCAUCGACUACGACGACGCGUUCGACGGCAGCGCAGAGCCUGCGCCGUCGGGCGACAAGCUCGGUGGGUCGCCCGAGUCGAAGCGCACCAGGGACGACGACGGGCAAGACGCUGAGGGAGAGGAGGCGGCUGGCGACUCUAAGCGUCCUCGGCUGUCCGAUCCCGUCGACGCCGCCUCGUCCUGAGCGUCGCUCGCCCGGCUCGCCUACCGACCACCUCUUCUUCCUCACGCCGCACCGCACCGCAACUUUUGCCGACUACCUCGCCUUUCUUUCGCCGUCCAUACCACCUCCUUCGUCCUUCGUCGUCGAUACCCGCCUUGUACAUCAGGCGUCCACCUGCACCACCCGACUUGGGCGACCUCGGCCGACC